AUGCAAAUCUUCGCUCUCAUCUUCGUUGUGCUUUCCUUGGCCAGCACAUCAUUCGCAAAAGAAUGUCCAAAAAUAGUCACACAAAAGGUGUUCGAUGUGACGAAAUACGUUGGUUUAUGGUAUGAAGCUUAUCGAAGUGAUAUCAUUUUUGAAACCGGAAGUCGAUGUGUUAAUGCGACAUAUUCACCCAAUCCAGACGGAUCGGUUGCUGUGUGGAAUCAAGCCGUUAAUUUGCUUGAUGAAUAUACCAGUAUUCGUGGAACAGCACGAGUCAAAAAUGCCUCCGAACCAGCAGCGUUUGUCGUCACUUUUGACAAUCCACUUGAAAAAGGUGAUUAUAAUGUGUUAACAACGAACUAUGAUGAUUAUGCGUUAGUCUACGCUUGUCGCACGGUUCCAGUUCUCGAUGUUAAACUCGAAUUCAUCUGGCUUCUUUCACGUAAGAAAACCAUGUCACCAGGAACUGUCAACGAAUUGAAAAAGAUUCUUUCCGAUAUGGGUGCAGAUGUGAAUAGUAUAAAACAAACUGAACAGAAUUGUUAG